AUGGACUCUCUCUCCAGUUACGAGACCCCUGGCACAAGCACCGUCCCUACUCCAGACCCUACCACCUCGAAGGCCAAGAUCAGUGCGACCGCCCGGGCUCUCCAGUUGCAGUCGUCGGAGUUUGCUCUAGGCGGACGAGGUCGGGCUUCUCGAAAACGCAAGAAUAUGGCCGACGAAGACUACGAAGACGCUGAUGCAAAGAUUGCUGCUAAACUGCAGGAAGAAGAGUACAAUAUGGUUGUUGAAUCCGACGAUACCGAUGAGCUGCCCCUGCUCAAACGACCCCGGACUGCCCGGACUGCUCCUAGAUAUGUUGCGAGUGAUGACACAGUCGAUAGUGACGACGACGUACCGCUUGCAACCACCCGUCGGCCAUACACCAGGCUUCCUAUCCAUUCGACCAAUCCUGCUCCGCACGCUCCUCUUGCCGGUGCUUCACUCGAAGACUCGGAGCUCUCAUCCCUUCCCGACUCCGAAAUGCAAAGCUUGAUUGAUUCCUCCAUGUCAGAUUUUUCAGCAGAAGUUAGUGACGAUGCUGUUGAUGACGGCCUUUCUGCACCGGAAUCGGGAUAUGCUCGUCGCAGAUCGGGAUUCAAGCCGCCCCGCCGGCGAGGUAUCACUUCUCUCCAAUGGGACACCCUGACGGAGGAGGAGAGACGAGACUACUUUCAUCCCCAGAAGCGACGCCAGCUCAAGGAACGCAAGAAAUUGGAGAAGGCUCACCCCGAGAUCAAGACCAUGUGGACUGAGCUCGAAAAGGAACCUCGGAUUGUUCCCGUCCAAGCGCCUCAGCCUUCUGGUAUCAACCGCAAGCUCAAACCUUUCCAGCUUGAAGGUCUAGACUGGAUGAUGAAGCAAGAAAAGUCCAAGUGGGCAGGUGGCCUACUCGGUGACGAGAUGGGGAUGGGCAAGACCAUCCAGGCGGUCAGCUUGAUCAUGUCCGAUUAUCCCGCCAAGGCUCCCAGUCUCGUUGUCGUCCCACCCGUUGCACUGAUGCAAUGGCAAUCUGAGAUGAAUGAGUAUACCGAUGGGAAACUGAAGGUCCUCAUCUACCAUAUCUCCGCCAAUCCCAAGUGCAAAAGUAUGAAGGUCAAGGACUUGAAGCAGUACGAUGUCAUCAUGGUCUCCUAUUCCGGCCUGGAGUCCAUGUACCGCAAAGAAGAGAAAGGCUGGAACCGUGGGGGCGGGCUCGUCAAAGAGGACAGUGUGCUGCAUUCCAUCAAGUUUCACCGUUUGAUUCUGGAUGAGGCUCACAGCAUUAAAUCUCGCACUACAGGUGUUGCCAGAGCCUGCUUCGCCUUGAAAGCCAACUACAAGUGGUGCCUGUCCGGUACGCCGGUCCAGAACCGCAUUGGCGAGUUCUUCUCGCUUCUGCGGUUCCUGGAAAUCAAACCAUUUGCUUGCUACUUCUGCAAGGCAUGUAACUGUCACCAACUCCACUGGUCCCAGGAUGAAACCAAGCGAUGCACUUCGUGCAAACACAGUGGCUUUAACCAUGUCUCGGUUUUCAACCAGGAGAUUCUCAAUCCGAUCACGCAAGCGGAGAACAAGGAGCUACGAAAGGCUGGCCUGGACAAACUACGCCUCAUCACCGACCGCAUCAUGCUUCGGCGCAUGAAGAAGGAUCACACCUCGUCCAUGGAACUACCCCCCAAAGAGAUCGUCAUCCACAAUGAAUUCUUUGGAGAGAUCGAACGCGACUUCUCUCAGAGCAUCAUGUCCAACUCAACCCGCAAAUUCGACACUUACGUUAGCCAAGGUGUCAUGCUCAACAACUACGCCAACAUCUUUGGCCUGAUCAUGCAAAUGCGACAGGUCGCCAACCAUCCUGAUCUGAUCCUUCGCAAGAACGCCGAAGGUGGCCAGAACGUCCUCGUGUGCUGCAUCUGCGACGAACCCGCCGAAGAAGCCAUCCGCUCUCGCUGUCGCCACGAGUUCUGUCGGCAAUGUGCCAAGUCCUACGUCCAGUCCUUCGCUGGUAGUAUCAACGGAGGUUCCGAGGCCGACGCAGACUGUCCACGCUGCCAUAUCCCUCUCGUGAUAGACUGGGACCAGCCCGAGAUCGAGCAGGAUGAAGACAACGUCAAGAAAUCAUCCAUCAUCAACCGCAUUAAGAUGGAGGACUGGACUAGCUCUACCAAGAUUGAGAUGUUGGUUUAUGACUUGUACAAGUUGCGCAGCAAGAAGCAGACCCACAAGAGUAUUGUCUUCUCACAGUUCACCUCGAUGUUGCAGCUUGUACAGUGGCGGUUGCAGAAAUCCGGUUUCUCGACUGUUCUGCUGGACGGCAGCAUGACUCCGGCGCAGAGACAGAAGUCGAUCGAACAUUUCAUGAACAACGUCGACGUGGAGGUGUUCCUUGUUUCGCUCAAGGCUGGUGGUGUUGCGUUGAACCUGACGGAGGCCAGCAGGGUGUUCAUUAUUGAUCCGUGGUGGAACCCAGCUGCCGAAUGGCAAUCCGCAGAUCGAUGCCACCGUAUCGGGCAACGUCGGCCUUGCAAGAUCACCCGUCUUUGCAUCGAAGACUCGGUCGAGUCCAGAAUGGUGAUGCUCCAGGAGAAGAAGGCGAACAUGAUCAAUGGCACAGUCAACAACGACCAAGUCGCUUUGGACAAGUUGACUCCCGAGGACAUGCAGUUUUUGUUCCGUGGAACUUGA